CCUGUAUAGUCGAGAGUUCCUGACCAAUUGUGUACACGCAGAAAGCUCAGCCGGCUUGGAACCCAUACGGUUAGGAGCAAAUCCUCAUUAUAAGCAUUUUAUAAAAUCAUCGUUUUUAGGAGCUUCCGAUAGGUAGUUUUCACAGAGUUUUGAUACCUGUAAUCAAGCAAGAAAAUCGAGAGGAUGCGCAAAUUAGAGGCCUGUAUUUGUUGCAGGCAAUAAUCUUGGAUCCACAUCCCAAUAUCAUAAUUAGAAUUACAAAAAUGGAAAAACAAGAAACAGCCUGCAUUCAGAGGGAGGAGGAAAACUGUAGCAGCAAGAAGCCCACUUUCUUUGGAUGCUAUUUGCUCUGCUCCCUCUGCCCCGGUUUCAGAGGAACCAGCUAUAUAGGGUAUACAUCUGAUCCACAGCGCCGAUUAAGACAGCACAAUGGUGAAAUAAAGCGUGGAGCAGAUCGAACCAAAAAGAAACGGCCUUGGGAAAUGAUUCUUUUUGUUUAUGGUUUCCCAUCUGAAGUUUCUGCACUUCAGUUUGAGUGGGCCUGGCAGCAUCCAACACGGUCUGUGGUAUUGAAGAAUGCAGCUGCAAGCAUAAAGCCAUCACAAGGAAUUAGGAGGAAAAUAAAACUCCUUUAUACCAUGUUAACUCUUAAAAAAUGGAAUAGUUUAAAUCUUACUGUGAACUUCUUUACAACGAAACAUAAUAAGCAUACUAAAGAUUGCCCGCCUCUCCCUCCUCAGAUGGAGGUUCGGAUUUCUUCAGUUGAUGAACUUCCCUGCUACAAAGCAGUCGAUGAUUCAUGUAACAAAUAAGAAGGAAUGAAAAUAUUAAAUAGAGAAAACGGGGCCAAUGUAAGUUAGCAAAGCCUUUCUUCACUGUGAUAUAAUGUAACGUUUACAUAUGAUGGCCAAGACAAGUAUAUUGAUAAAAUUUUAAGCGAAGGGAAUUCAGAUAGUGACAACGUCCAAAAGAAGAGUGCUUGUUCAUCCUUCAUACUACGUUUACAUACCUGUUAGAUCAGAUCUAGGAACAGGAUGCAAAUGCAGUUGUGAAAAAGCCUUCAAUCGUUGAGGCUUGAAAGUCGAAUAAUUCCUAGCACAGAUUGGCAAACGUUUCUGUUUGACGAAUAUAGUUCCCUUGUGUCAUUGUAUGUAGAAUAUUUCCUAUUCAUUUGUGCUAGAAAAUGCUGCCGAUUUUUUUUUU